GCAUGGCGGCUCACCGCUCUGGCCCGCUGAAGCAGCAGAAUAAGGCUCAUAAAGGCGGGCGGCAUCGGGGUCGGGGGUCCGCUCAACGAGAUGGCAAGGCACAGACUCCCUUUCUGAUCUGCACUCCAGGCCGACUCGCAGUGAAAGCUCUAAGCAAGAAAGUGAGAAGAGAGCUCAGCCGAGUCGAUCAGAGGCAUCGGGCCAACCAGCUCCGGAAGCAGAAGAAAGAGGCGGUUCUGGCGGAGAAGAGACAGCUGGGCAGCAAGGAUGGCGCUCCCCAUCACGUGCUGGUGGUACCUUUGCACGACAAGGUUUCCCUUCCAGAGGCCCUUGGUCUACUUCAGGAGAGCGACACUGGAACGGUACACCCAAGUGAAUGGGGAAGCACCCACAGUUUUAUGCUGCUGUGUCCCCGGUUGAAACAUCGGUGGUUCUUUACAUCGGCAAAACCAGGGGAUCUGCACACACUGUUGGACAUGGCUAAAGUGGCUGAUACCAUCCUGUUCCUCCUGGAUUCACAAGACGGCUGGGACAGCACUGGGGAUUACUGCCUUUCUUGCCUCUUUGCUCAGGGGCUUCCCACCUAUACACUGGCUGUCCAAGGAGUUUCUGGACUUCCACCAAAGAAGCAACUAGAUGCCAGAAAGAAGCUAAGUAAAGCAGUGGAGAAGCGCUUUCCUGAUGACAAACUCCUCCUGUUAGACUCUCAGCAAGAGGCAGGGCUGCUGCUCAGGCAGUUGGCUAACCAAAAGCAACGUCAUCUUGCCUUUCGGGACCGGCGGGCCUACCUGUUUGCCCACUCGACUGACUUUGUGCCCAGUGAGGAAAAUCAUUUGGUUGGCACUUUGAAAGUCUCCGGCUAUGUUCGAGGGCAGGCCCUAAAUGUGAAUAGCUUGCUGCACAUCAUUGGACAUGGAGAUUUCCAGAUGAAACAGAUAGAUGCUCCUGUGGACCCUUUUCCCUUAAAUCCUAGAGUACUUAAAUCCCAAAAAGACCCACACAUGGCAAUGGAGGUUUCUGCUACAGAUGCUGUGGUUGAAAUGGAGGAAGACCUUAAGGUUCUAAUGAAAGCCGACCCGGACCGACAGGAAUCUUUGCAAUCCGAGGUUAUCCCGGAUCCAAUGGAGGGAGAGCAGACCUGGCCCACCGAGGAGGAGCUGAGUGAGGCAAAUGGCGUACCGAAGGAAGGUUCCAAGGUGGUGAAGAAGGUCCCCAAAGGCACAUCCAGUUACCAAGCUGAGUGGAUUUUGGAUGAAGACGGUGAAAGUGGUGGGGAAGGAGAUGACUACGAUGAUGAUCUGGAGCGGGAGGAUUUCAUGGAUGAGGAAUCCCAGGAUGGGAGUAGUGAAGAGGAAGAGGAGGAGGAAUGUGAAACUAUGACUAUAGGCGAGUCUGUGAGGGAUGAUCUGUAUGAUGAGAAAGUGGAUGAAGAGUCUGAGGAACAAAUGUUGGAGAAAUAUAAACAAGAAAGACUCGAAGAGAUGUUUCCAGAUGAAAUGGACACCCCUCGAGACGUGGCCGCUAGAGUUCGGUUUCAGAAGUACCGAGGCCUCAAGAGCUUCCGGACAUCUCCGUGGGACCCUAAGGAAAACCUUCCUCUUGACUAUGCACGGAUCUUUCAGUUCCAGAAUUUCACUCACACUAGAAGACGCAUCUUUAAAGAGAUUGAGGAAAAAGAGGUUGAAGGAGCUGAGGUUGGCUGGUAUGUCACACUGCAUGUCUCCGAAGUCCCUCUACCUGUGGUUGAAUACUUCAGGCAAGGAGCACCCUUGAUUGCGUUUUCCCUGCUACCUCAUGAACAGAAGAUGUCAGUCUUGAAUAUGGUGGUGAGUCGACACCCCGGCCACAAGGAGCCUGUGAAAGCCAAAGAGGAGCUGAUCUUCCACUGUGGGUUCAGGCGCUUCCGAGCCUCACCCUUAUUCUCUCAGCACACUGCGGCGGAUAAGCAUAAGUUUCAGAGAUUCCUGCCUCCUGAGGGGGCCCUGGUGGCGACAGUGUAUGCUCCGAUCACGUUUCCACCUGCAUCUGUGCUGCUUUUCAAACAGAACAGCAACGGCAUGCACAGCCUCAUUGCUACAGGCCAUCUGUUGUCAGUGGAUCCCGACCGAAUGGUCAUCAAACGGGUGGUUCUGAGUGGUCAUCCUUUCAAAAUCUUGACCAAGAUGGCAGUAGUGCGUUACAUGUUUUUCAGCAGAGAGGAUGUUCUGUGGUUUAAGCCAGUGGAACUGAGAACAAAGUGGGGCCGUCGGGGACACAUCAAGGAGCCUUUAGGUACUCAUGGCCACAUGAAGUGCACGUUUGAUGGGAAGCUCAAAUCUCAGGACACAGUAUUGAUGAACCUCUACAAACGAGUUUUCCCAAAAUGGACUUAUGAUCCUUAUGUGCCAGAACCAGUGCCUUGGGUGCAAAGCGAGGUUUCGACAGCAGUGCCUGAAGUGGAUAUGGAAUAGCGGACUCAAGGGAUUCGGUCUUGUUACUCGCAGUUGGUGAUUUAUGGACAGGAGGGCUUGCAUGUUGUGAUUGGGCAACAUUGGCAUCUUCUCCUUAAGCCUAUAGGCCUGCUAUGGCUUUUCUUGACCUCAGCAAGGUGUCUCAGUUAAAUAUGGCCACUUUUCUGUUGAUAGUUCACCCCCGCCUCCCAAAAAAACCCUAUUAAAUUAUUGAGAAAUAGCAACUCUCAAUUGGGAUUUUAAAGAUCUGUUUUAAGAGAAGACAAGAGAUUUGACACCCACUGAGGGGAAAGCUUGUAAGUAUCUAUAGGGACACUGAAACCCGUCUUUUACAUAAAUUAAAAACAAACCGACUGAUAUGGAGCUGGCCUUUCAGCCUGCUUCACCCAAGUUAGGGACGCUAAGUCUACAUUUCCGCCACUGAGCACAAUACAAAUGUUCUUUACUUCUGGGGACACGGCUUGAAAAUGCGGAGACAGGACAGCAGCUACUCCCACACCCGCUGUAGGUUCAAUGAGUAGUUUCAUCCUCUCCCACACCAGCUGGGUUGCAUGCUGUUGGCAGAGACAGGAGUAAGCAUUCGUGAAAUGGGGCAACGGCCUCGUGGCUCAGUGUUCAAGGCCAGCUGAAGAUACAUGCCCCAGCUGAAUUUUCUUGUUGCUUGGUAUGUUUCCCAGGGGAGAACAGGGCUUUUCUCUCCUCAGCUCUGCUUCUGUAUUUAGGGUACCCCACACAUGCCCUGAAGUUACCACCUAGACAAGACCCCAAUAAGUUGGUUGUCCCCCCCCCCACCCCCCCAGCCUCACCUUAAUCUCAUCCUCUGUGACCGUGAAGACAUCAUCCACAAGGUCUCUUAUGAUAGGCCAGGUGUUUAGGCCAAUGCUGGAUUUAACACCAUCGGCUAUGGUUUCUGGAGAGUAAGGAUUGGGGAUCAGUUCCCCUUUCAACUUGGACUGGUAGCAGUCAUCUGCAUUCAAGGGUUCAGCAGCGUACACUUUCACACUAGGUCUCAGAGCCUAGGAAAGAGUAACAGUGGACAUUCAGCAGCGAGCCAGAGUCGCCUACCAGCCCAAAGUAGUCUGCAGAGCUAACACAUUUCAGCGCAGACCAAGCUUUUCCUCGGAUGAAUGUAAUGAAAGUGAGACCUCGUCUCACCGGUUUAGCAUGGGCAUGGAGUUGCUUGUAUCACGUUUGGUUCUACAGGUCAUUUGGGGAAAGGUAGCCCUGGUUUGGGUAGCAGGGUGAGACGAGAGUCGGGAAAGGCACUGCUGGAGGACUGCUCACUGUAACGGCAUUUGUGCAGUAAAGCCAAUGUGGAUUAAGAGGAUAUUGGGGGCAGAGAAGGGCCUCUGUUUCAAGUGCCAAGGAUGGUGGGAAGGAACGGCAUUGGGGGUCCCUACAGUGUACUACAAUGUAAAAUAAAACCCUUCUGCCAGAA